AUGGCAGACUUAAAGUGGUGUCCCUCUUCAUGGAAGUCGAAGUCAGCCGCUCAGAUAGUGGAUUACCCUGACAAACAACAUCUCGAAAGAGUCUUGACAAAAAUACAUGCUCUACCCCCCUUAGUGACGCCGGCAGAAAUUGAGCGCCUUCGCUUUCAGUUAGGUGCAGUGCAACGGAACGAGGCCUUCUUGCUCCAUGCGGGAGAUUGCGCAGAAAUUUUUGACGCAUGUACUCAACAAAACAUAUCGUCAAAAAUCGGGUUGAUACUUUCAUUUUCUCUCAUUCUCAUUUGGGGUGGACGUCUCCCAGUGGUACGCAUCGGACGCAUUGCUGGACAAUAUGCCAAACCCAGGAGCAGUGGGACAGAAAUAAUCGACAAUAGAGAGGUUCUGAGCUUCCGUGGUGACAACGUCAAUGGGUUUGAUCCCAACGAUCGAACACCCGAUCCUGAAAGGCUCCUCAGUGCCUACUUUUAUUCAACCGCCACCCUCAAUUAUGUUCGUGGGCUCCUCACAUCCGGAUUUGCUUCAUUGCAUCACCCACGGGACUGGUCACUCUCUCAUGUCCGUUCGCCAGCACUACGAAGCGAGUUCGAAAAAAUCACCGAAGGUCUUUCUGACGCGCUCGACUUCAGCCACACGAUAGGGGCAGACUCAGGCAAGGAAAAUGUACCCUUUGACCGCGGCGGUGGUCGGGGUGUUCUAGGCGAGGUUGAUUUCUACACCAGUCAUGAAGGGUUGAUGCUUGACUGGGAGCAAGCAAUGACGCGGGAAGUCAAUAUUCCUGAGUCAGGAACAUCUCCGAAGGAAAAGAGCUUCUACAAUACUUCCGCCCACUUUCUAUGGGUUGGCGACCGUACGCGGCAACUGGAUGGCGCCCAUAUCGAAUAUUUUCGAGGGAUCCGCAAUCCCAUCGGCAUCAAGGUUGGACCUUCAUUAGAAAAUGAGGAGCUCAUCAGGCUCCUAGAAAUCGUAAAUCCAAACAAAGAGAUUGGUCGCGUGACCCUCAUCACCAGGUAUGGAGCAGGUAAAAUCGGAGAUCACCUCGCUGGCCACAUCAAAUCCGUGAAGCGCUCCGGACACCCGGUCGCAUGGGUGUGUGAUCCCAUGCAUGGAAACACACUCACAUCCAGCAGCGGCUUCAAAACACGCAACUUUGGGACGAUCAUCAGUGAGCUGACUUCCUGUAUCAGUAUCCAUGCUGCAUGCGGUUCUCGGCUCGGUGGAGUGAGUCUUGAGUUCACAGGCGAGCUUAACGACGAAGGCUUCAGCGUGACAGAGUGUCUUGGUGGAAGCAUGGAGCUCAGCGAGGAACAACUGGGUCUCAGAUACCAGUCGUUCUGUGACCCCCGACUCAAUUUUGAGCAAUCACUUGAUGUCGCCUUCCUUAUAUCGAACUACUUCAAGGAGGAAAGGCUUGAUGGUAAAGGAGAAAAUAACAUCUAUGCCGCCCUUGGAGGCAGAAAAACGGUCCCAUAG